AUGGCAUUCUUGGAAUGCCCAAAUGCUAGAGUCAAGGCUGUUCUCUCAGGGGAUUGCCUUAUUAUCCAGGGCCUUUGGCCUAACCAUACCGGAAUCCCACCGGAAAAAGCUAUUACUCUGCUCUCAAUUCGUGCUCCAAAACUAGCCAGUAUAAAUCAAACAACUGAUGAGCCUUUUGCAUGGGACAGCCGUGAGUUUUUGAGGAAGCUCUGCCUCGGAAAGGACGUGGUUUACUGCACUGAUGGUUCCGUUUUCCUUAACAAUAUGAAUGUUGCUGCCCUUGUUGUUCAAAACGGGUGGGCGUCUGUAACCUCACCAAGCAAAACUCCUUACUAUGCUGAGCUUCUAUUUCACAUGGACCAAGCCUUUAACAAAGGUCUUGGUCGUUGGAACAAAACUCCAGGUGCGGCGGAGGCAUCCAUAAGAACUCUACCUCCCCAUCUCAACCCAGAGACCAUUGAGACUCUGGUGGCUGCAAACAAGGGCAAGUCCAUAGAAGCCAUCGUCGAGCAGGUUCGUGACGGCAGUACUUUUCUAGCUUACUUGCUUCCGGAGUUUCAGUUUGUCGAGGUAAUCGUUGCAGGAACUCAGUCGCCGAAUAAUGCUUAUCCUUUUGCAUUACAAGCGAAGUUUUUCACAGAGUGUCGUGUUUUGAAUAAAGAUGUGCGUAUUGUUUUGGAGGGUGUUGAUAAAUUGAGCCGUCUGAUUGGGUCUGUGUUUUACCCUGAUAGAGACUCUGAAAAGGACUUGGGUCUGGAGCUUGUGGAGGAAGGUUAUGCUAGAUAUGCACCAUGGAGCGCGAAAGUUAUGGAAGAAGAUGCAAAGCGGCUGCUCAAUAAUGCAGAGCUUGAAGCGAAGAAGACCAAGCGGAGGAUAUGGAAGCACUUUGUAAUCCCAAUUACAAACUCCAAGCCAAUUCAUGACGAUGAUUUCGUCGGAACAGUUGUGGAGGUUGUGAAUGGGGAAUGUAUCAUUGUGGCUAAUGAUUCCGGCGAGCGGAGAGUUAAUCUUUCAAAUAUUCGGUGUCCGAAAUUGGGAAAUCCUCGUAGAGGUGAUGAGCCUGCGGCAUAUGCACGAGAAGCCAAGGAGUUUCUGAGGACACUUCUUAUUGGACGCGACGUGAAUGUUCAAAUGGAGUACACAAGGAAUGUCAGGAAAGCAGAUGCAGAGUCUUCAAGAGUGACAGAUUUUGGAUCGGUCUUUGUUAAGGCUGAGGGGCAAGAACAAAAUGUUGCUGAGCUUCUUGUCGAAUGUGGCUUCGGCAUGGUUAUCAAACAUUUAGAUUUUGAGGAGAGAUCAACACACUACGAUGCCCUUCUUGCUGCCGAAGCUCGUGCUAUGGCCGAAAAGAAGGGAGUACAUUCUUCAAAGGAGGCCCCUGUUGUGCGCUUGACAGACUUGACAAUGGCGACGGCCGAAAAAGCAAGAGAAGUCUUGCCAUCCUUGCAGCAAACUAGGAGAGUUUCUGCAGUUGUGGAAUAUGUCCUCAGCGGCCAUCGUUUUAAAUUAUAUCUUCCUAAGGAGACUUGCAGCAUUUCCUUUUCGUUCUCCGGUGUGCGAUGUCCCGGUCGUGAUGAGCCUUAUUCAGAUGAAGCAAUUGCAGUAAUGAGGAAAAGAUUAAUGCAGAGAGAUGUUCAAAUUGAAGUGGAGACUGUUGAUAGAAAUGGAACUUUCUUGGGAAGAUUAUGGGAAUCAGGGACCAAUGUGUCAAUUGCUCUUGUUGAAGCUGGCCUUGCAAAAUAUAUUCCCUUUGGUGGCAGUGAUAAGAUCCAAGAUGGCCACCUUCUAGAAAGAGCUAUGAAAGAUGCAAAAACAAAGAAGCUGAAAAUUUGGGAGAAUUUUGAAGGGAAAUCCAACAAACAGAAAGAACUAAAGGUGGUAGUUACAAAAGUCUUAGGCAGCGGUAAAUUCUAUGUGCAGACAGUUGGAGACCAGAAGAGUGCCUCUAUUCAGCAACAGCUUGCUUCUUUGGAUCUUGAUGAAGCUCCUUCUGUAAAUGAUGCUUUUGAUCCUAGGAAUGGUGACAUUGUCCUUGCUCAAUUUAGUACAGAUAAUACUUGGAACCGAGCUAGGAUUGUCAAUAAACGAAAAGAUAGGUUUGAGGUGUUCUACAUUGACUAUGGUAUUCAAGAGCUUGUCCCUUACAGUCGACUACAGCCUCUUAAUUCUUCUGCGGCCACUGCACCUGGUCUUGCUCAGCUAUGCAGCCUUGCACAUGUAAUUGUCCCGAGCUUGAAGGAGGAGUUUGGUGAAGAAGCAGAAAAGUAUUUGUGCGAGUGUAUAUUGGGGAAAGAGUUCACGGCCGUGAUUGAGGGAAGAAAUAUUUCUGGAGGAAAAUUUGCCUUUCACCAAGGAACCGGACCAGCUCUUAUGGUAACUCUUGUUGCAGCUGGUGAUGUUGACAGUAUAAAUGCUGCGAUGCUUCAGAAUGGACUUGCUAGUCUAGAUAACCAGAAGAGGUCGUGGCAGUCUCGUAACUUGAGAAAGUUUGAGCAAGAAGCACAAACCUUCCGGCGGGGUAUGUGGCAUGAUUAUUAUCAGUCUGAGCAUUAUGUAUACAGAGCUCCUCCUGCUCCUGCAAGAAAGGUCGUGGGCAAGAGAUGA